AUGUUCGUAAAAUUUGAGAGACAUUCAGAUCGAGUCAAGAGUGUUUCUUUUCAUCCGCAUCGUCCUUGGGUAUUAAGUGCACUUCACUCAGGAGUCAUUGAAUUGAUCGAUUAUAGAAUCAAGAAAAGAAUUGCAAUUUACGAGGAUCAUAAGGGUGCUGUUCGAUCAGUUUAGUUUCAUCCGCAACUCAACUUAUUUUGUUCUGGAGGAGAUGACUUCACUGUAAGAGUCUGGAAUUUUAAACAAUGCAAAUUCAUUUUAUAGGGACACUUGGAUUAUGUUAGAUGUGUGACAUUCCAUCCAAUAAAUCCAUGGGUAUUGUCUGGUUCUGAUGAUCAAACUGCAAGAGUGUGGAAUUACCAAAGUAGACAAACUAUAGCAAUUUUGACAGGCCACACUCAUUAUAUCAUGGCUUGUCAUUUUCAUCCGACUUAAGACUUGAUAAUCACUUGUUCAUUAGAUUAGACUGCCAGAUUAUGGAAUUAUGGAGUGCUCAAAUAACGAUACGCCUAAAAGAAGAAUUAAGAGUAUGUGCUAUCAGGAGCAGAAGUACAGGUUAUUUCAAUUUUGGAUGCUCACAAGGAUCAACUCAAUUGGUGUGCCUUUCACAAAACAGAACCUUUUAUCAUUACUAGUGCUGAUGACAAGAACAUCAAAUUGUGGAAGUACAACGACAAUAAGGCAUGGGAAUACGAUACUCUGACAGGUCAUACCAACAAUGUUUGUUGUUCAGAAUUUCACCCAAAAGGGGAAGUUAUUAUUUCAGAUUCUGAAGACCAUACUGUAAGAAUUUGGGAUUAUGCUACUCGUAAACAAAUUGGAGUUUAUGAGAACAAACACUUUGAUCGUUAUUGGAUUGUAUCAUGUCAUCAAAACAACUAUUACUUCGCAUGUGGUUCUGACACUAUGUUAUAAGUGUUCACCCUUCAUAAAGAUCGAGUGCCCUUUAUCUUAGUUAAUGAGAGAUAUCUCUGUAUGGCUGAAUAAAAGACUCUCAAGGUUGUUGAAUUGACUAGCGGGCAACAACAAACCAUUAGAGAUAUAGCCACUGUGAUUACUCCCACUCCUACUUUAAUAGAGGACAACAUCGAAUUUAUAGAGUACAAUACCUACGACACACAGAAAACAUAAUUGAUGAUUAGAUGCAUUAGAUCAUUCACUGAACCAACUAAACCAAAGAGACACUUGCUAUUGGUAUUCCAACUAUAGAAGGGAGAUUCUGGAGUCAAACAAUUCUUUGCCAAAUGCGCCUGUUUUAUUGGUAAAAGCAAGAUUGCAAGAGUUAAUUAGGAUCAUUAAAUAGAAUUGUACAAUUAUGAAACAGAAGCCAUUUAAAUAAUAGAUGAAAAACAAUCAUCUAAAAUAUUUCCUGCUCCGGGAGGUAAAAUAUUAAUUCAAAGAAGUGAAACAACAACAUUGGAGUUAUUUGAUCCCCUAACCAAAUCAAGCUUACAUUCGGUCGAGUUCUCUGGUGCCAAAUAUAUACUUUAUGUGGAGUCCUAUUUAAUUGUUCAAAGCAAAUUGUCAUUAACAAUCUUCACUAAACAAUUGUAGAAAUUGAUCGAAAUCCAAGAAUAAAUUAAUAUCAAGUCUUUUAUUUGGAUCAACAACUUUAUCGUUUAUUCUACAAAGAGUCAAAUUAAAUAUUUGUUAUUGAAUGGAGACACUGGUGUUUUAAAGUCCACUGAAAACAUUUUAUACUUAAUAAAAGGUGAAGAAUAACAAUAAAGUAAACUUAAGUUAACAACACUGGAUAACACAGCCAAAUAUCUUACAGAAAUACUAGACAUCUCAGAACCUCUAUUCAAGAUUGCCAUUAUGAACAAGGACUUGAAUUCAAUCCAUAAAUUUGUGGAACACAAUCAAAAUGAAGCCAUCCUGUCAUAUCUGUAUUAAAAAAGACUUGCGUCCGUAGCAUUAAAAUUAGUUAAAGAUAAAUAAGGUAAUUGAUGUUUCCAUAUAUUUUAGCUAAAUUUUCACUUUCUCUUGAUAGUGGCAAUUUGGAGUUUGCAUAUAAAGCUGCAGUGGAAAUCAGAGAGCCAUAAUUGUUUGAACAAUUAAGAACUGAAGCCUUAAGGUAGGGUAAUCAUUUGCUGGUGGAUAUUUGCGAUCAACAACUCAGUUAAUUUGAUAGAUUGUCAUUUUUAUAUCUAUGCACUGGCAACACAGAUAAGUAAGACAAAUUGCAGAAUAUUAAUCCUAAUUUUAUAUAUCAAUCCCAAAACCAAAGGAAAAUUGUCAUUAAGAACUCAAUACCCAAAUUAGCGCAAAUUAUGGAGCAUCUCAAUGGAACACCAUAGAAACUGGAUGAAAAUUAAAAGGAAUCCAUAGAAUGGAUCAAAUCAUUAGGUGGUAGCGAGGCUCUGAUUCCCCCAGUUCCCAUAAUGAAAUACAAAAAUGAUCCAUGGCCACUUACAUAAAUGAAUGAGUAAGACAUUAUCAAUCUUGAAGUUACUGAUGAAGCUGUUGUACCAUAGGACAUCUUUACAUUCUAAAAGUAAGUGAUAGAAGAACCAAAUCUUGAUGAGUAAGAAAAUGAUACUAAAUGGCGUUUAGAUGAAGAAGAACCAAUUGAGGAGUUUGUUGAUGCUAAAGUUGGUGAUCCAAUCAAUAAGAGCAUUGAUGAAUAGGCCUUAAGAGGAAACUUUGCUUUUCAGAAUGGAGAAGUAGCCAUUAAACAUUUUGCUGCUGGGGAUUUUGAAACUGGUAUCAAGUUACUAAAACAAUAAAUUAACCUCAAUAAUUGUCAACCACUAUUCAAAUUACUUGCUGAUCUACCAAAUCUUUAGGUUCUAACUAUGACUCCAUAUCUGAGCAAUGCUAUUUUGCCAGUUAAAAUCAACAGAUUGAAUGAGAUCAAGAAUUUGAUUAAAUUAGGUAACUUUAUUUUCUAAUCAUAGGUUACAAAUACACAACAGAUGCAAAAUUUAAUGAAGUUAGCAAUUGCUUUUAAUAAGUCUUACAGAAAUUGCUAUUAACAGACUUUGAAGAGAAUUAAGUUGAUGAAAUCAAGCGAUAUAUUAAUAUAAGUAGAAAUUAUAUGAUUGCUAUGCGUUGCGAUUCACUUAAAAAGGACAGUAAUGCUUUAGAAAUGGCAUGCAAAAUGGCCACCAUCGAUUUAUAACCUGGCCAUCGAAUAUUAACUUUGAGACAGGCACUUAGUAUAAGUUAUAAACAGAAGAACUUUAUCACUUGUCAAAUGAUUGCAAAAAAGUUGAUUGAGUUACUUAAAAAUGAUGUUAAUUAGAAGCCUGAAGUGUUACAAAAUGCAUAAAAAGUAUGAUAAUAGAAAUACAAUAUUUAGUAUGAGAAAGCCUCUUAAUAAUAGAAUACAAAUGCAAUUCAAAUAGAAUUCUAGGAAUAAUGGCUGAAUGAACAGCCAAUCUACUCAGCAAACACAAUUAAAAAUAUUUCCGCCUAUAAGUCUUGUCCAUAUGACGGUAGUGUCUAUGAAACAGAUUACUAACAGACUUGUUUAAUUUGUGGAUUGUGUAAAGUAGGCAAAGCACCUGGACUUAAAUAUAAAUGAAAAUUUAUAUAUAAUAUUUGCG